CUGACAGCACGAUCGCUGCCUUCCAUACAGUCUGAUGAGAGACUACAAUCUCUGCUUAAUCAUCUCAGCCAUUCUUACAUUGGUCCAGAUUACACUGUCCAGAAGAACACUGGAAAGAUUUCUCUGGAGCAGAUCGAUGCUCUUGCUGUGAAAUCCUUCCCUCCCUGCAUGCGGCAGUUGCACAGAGCCUUACGUGACAGUCACCACCUCCGUCACGGGGGUCGAAUGCAGUAUGGGCUCUUCCUGAAAGGCAUUGGCUUGACUCUGGAGCAGGCACUGGAGUUUUGGAAGAAGGAAUUUAUCAGAGGAAAAGUGGAUGCAGAUAAGUUUGACAAAGGAUACGCUUACAGCAUUCGCCACAGCUACGGGAAAGAAGGGAGGAGAACUGAUUAUACCCCCUACAGCUGCAUGAAGAUUAUCAUGUCCAAUCCACCAGGUCAAGGGGAUUAUCAUGGGUGCCCAUUCCGCCACAGUGAUCCUGAGCUGCUGAAGCAAAAGCUGCAGUCAUACAAGAUCCCUCCCAGUGGAAUAUCUCAGAUCCUGGAGCUGGUGAAGGGCAUGCAUUACCAACUGGCCUGUCAGAAGUACUUUGAGUUGACGCAUGAUGUUGAUGACAUUGGGUUUUCUUUGAAUCAUCCUAAUCAGUAUUUUACAGAGAGUCAAAGGCUAUUAAGUGGUGGUAGAGAACCGAAGAAGGAACUAAAUAAUUCAGGAAACUCUCAACAGAAAAAUAAUAGCCAGGAAAGCAUGAAUUCAAAUUCUACUCCCACCUCUUCAAAUGCAACAGCUGAUUCAGAGCUGGAGGGACUGGAAGCAUGCUUCACUGAAGACUAA